AUGGUUAAAUUAACUCAAAUUGACGACGAGUCUGCUACUAGAUUUGAUCAAGGUCCAGCAGCUACCCACGCAGCAAAAGAAGAAACUUUCAGUGAUAGUGAAGCUUCCGAUUCAGAUUCCGACAUAGAUGACGAUUUCGACUUUGAAAAUGAAACUCUUCUUGAUAGAAUUGUUGCAUUGAAAGAUGUUAUUCCACCACAACAUAGAACUCAAAUUGUUUCUGCCGGUGAGACUAUCAAAGAUACAUUAUAUUCUGGUUUCAGCAAAUCUGGUAACUUAUUGUGGACCUUGACAUCUUCCGCUUUAUUGCUUGGUGUUCCAUUAUCUUUAGCCAUCUUAGCCGAAACACAAUUACAAGAAAUGGAAAAAGAAAUGUCUUUACAACAAUCAGCACAAGAUGUGUUAGCCCCAGGCUCUGAAGAAGCUUUCAAGAGCACUGAAAAGCCAGCCACUGCCUAA